ACAAUAAUUUCAAUUUGCUGUCACACUGUGCACUUUUACUGUCCGAAGCUGAGCCUCUUGACUUACUUGCUUAUUUCCCACUACACCUUGAGUACAUCGCGACUGUCAUUGAGUGAUCAUGGCCGAAACUAAGCGUCCCCGUGUCUUCUUCGACAUUGCGAUCGGCGGCGUAAAAGCCGGCCGAGUCGCUUUCGAACUCUACAGCGAUAUUGUCCCCAAGACGGCCGAGAACUUCCGCGCACUAUGUACCGGCGAGAAGGGCGAAGGCGCCUCGGGCAAGCCCCUACACUACAAGAACUCCAGCUUCCACCGCGUUAUCAAGGGCUUCAUGAUUCAAGGCGGGGAUUUUACUCAGGGCAACGGGACCGGGGGAGAGAGUAUAUACGGAGAGAAGUUUGAGGACGAGAACUUUGAGAAGGUGCAUGAUAAGCCGUUUUUGCUGAGUAUGGCGAAUGCGGGUCCAGGAACAAACGGAUCACAAUUCUUCGUCACCACAGUUCCCACACCUCAUCUCGACAAAAAGCACGUCGUCUUCGGAGAAGUCAUCAACGGCAAGAGCAUCGUCCGCCGAAUUGAGAACCUCAAGACCCAAAGCGGUGACAAGCCUUUCCAUGACGCCACCAUCAUCGACUGCGGCGAGCUCACAGGCGAGGACUACGACAAAGCCACAGAAAAGGUCGCCGACCCAACCGGCGACCCCUUUGAAGACUUCCCCGAAGACCAAAAGGCCGACGACGCAGAGUGGAAAGGCACCGAGAUUCUCGAAAUCGCCACCAAACUCAAGGACAUGGGUAACGACGCAUUCAAGAAGGGUGAGCUGCAACUCGGCAUUGAUAAGUACCAAAAGGCUAUUCGCUAUCUGCACGAGUAUCCCGCGCCCCUGGACGAUGACCCCAAGGAUCUCUGGCCAAAACUCUGCGCCCUCAAGAUCUCGCUCUACUCCAACAGUGCGCUGCUCCAGAACAAGAAGGGUAUGUAUGCCGAGGCUGCGGAUAAUGCUACAAAGGCGCUGGAUAUCGAGGGUAUCACGGACAAGGACAAGGCGAAGGCAUACUUUAGGCGCGCGACGGCCAAAGUGGGCAAGAGGAAUGACGAAGAGGCGCUCGCAGACUUGAACCAGGCGGCAAAGUAUGCGCCGGGUGAUGCGGCCAUUGUCAAGGAGUUGGAUGUUGUGAAGAAGAGGGUUCAGGCACGGAAGGAGAAGGAGAAGAAGGCGUACAAGAACGCGUUCAACUUUGACUGAGUGAAGUGUGUGUACAGUCGGACUUUGCAGAUGAAAGAAGCUGGCAUGGUGAUUAGAGCAACCAAUACUACGGUUAAUGAACGAAAACCCUGUCAAGGGCAUGGUGGAGGCGUUCAAUCUCGGAUAAGGGUCGAGCUGCAGCUUUAGUCCACCAAGAGCAGUGUUAAUCGAAGAAACCAUAAUAUAUUUAUCCUGAUAUCGCUC